UCCUGAAAUGAAGUUCAUAGUUUUGUAAUGAAUUCAUUUCUUUGAAGAUAGAGUUUAGAUCGGAAUAAAUUGAUUUUUCGUAGUGUUCUAAAGAAUUUAUAUUGAAAGAUGGAGGACGUUCUUGAAGAGGUUGUUUCUUCUAAUGAUUUAAAGAAAUUUGAACAUAUAUAUAAUCAGCAAUUACGUUCAUCCUGUGUAACACAAAGAGCACAAUUUGAAUAUGCAUGGUGUCUUGUUAGAAGUAAGUAUCCUGCAGAUAUUAGAAAAGGAAUAAUGUUAUUCGAAGACCUAUGUGCCACUGAUAGCAAUAAUGAGAUCCGAGAUUGUCUUUAUUAUUUAGCUAUUGGAAAUGCUAGAAUAAAGGAAUAUACAAAAGCUUUAUCGUAUGUCAGAUCAUUUCUUCAAAUCGAACCUGGAAAUCAGCAAGUACAACACCUGGAAACGUUGAUUAAGAAAAAGAUGGAAAAAGAAGGUCUUUAUGGUAUGGCUGUUGCAGCUAGUGUUAUUUUUGCUGUUGGAAGUGUUCUUGCGGCUACCCUAUUAGUAUUCAAAAAAUGACGUGUGUGAAAAGUUUGUGUCCAUUGUGUAAUGUAAAAUAGUUACUUUGUACAAUGGGUUAUAUAUAAUUUGUAUUUUAUUAAUUUGUUAAUUAUGUUAUUUUAUUUUAUCAAAA